AAAAAAUAGAAAAAUUUGUAAAACCCUACGCCCAAAUCAUCUUAGUUUAUAAUCUUGAUGAGGAUAAUUUAUGUUGGUAAACAAACCCAGGACAAGGAAAUAAACAACUUGUUCUUUGGUGUGAGUAGUGAUGCUGCACAGCGGAAAAAAUACCUUUCUAAUUUCAAGGUUGACAUUAGGAUAACCAAUUGGUUUGUGUUAAAAGUGAUUUAACCUAAUAAUUUUUUUUAAAUAAGAACUUAAUCAAAAAAUUCUAAAUGUGAGCUAUUUAUUGAUGAGAAUAUUAUUAAAUGUAAGAUGAUGACACUACAGACUUGCUCAGAACAUUAAAUCAAAAUGUAUGUUGUAAACACGGUUGUGUGUAAAAUUUGUAAUAAAGCUUUUCCAGAUCAAUUUAGUUUGAUACAACAUGAAAAAACACAUACAGAAAUAUUAUUGAAUUCGUUGGUAUGUAAAAUAUGUAACGAAGUAUUCGCCGAUUUAUAUAAUUUAAAUCAACAUGAAAAGUCACAUAUAGUGAUUAAUUCAGUAGUGUGUAAAAUAUGUAACAAAGCUUUCCCAGAUCAGUAUACGUUGAAUCAACACGCAAAAACGCAUAAUAAUGAUAGUCGACCAUAUAAGUGUAAUAUAUGUGAGAAAACGUUUGCACAACAAAGUCAUUUAAACAAUCAUAAACGUUUGCACACGGGUGAGAGACCUUUUAAGUGUGAUAUAUGUGAUAAGACAUUUACGCAACAGAAUCACUUAAAUAGUCACACAAGAUUACAUACGGGUGAGCGGCCAUAUAAAUGUGAUGUUUGUGAAAAAUCAUUUACCCAGCAAAAUCAUCUGACUAGCCAUAAAAGACUUCAUACUGGUGAAAAACCAUAUAAAUGUAAUGUUUGUGAAAAACAAUUUACACAACAAAAUCAUUUAAAUAGUCAUAAACGAUUGCAUACUGGGGAAAAACCUUAUAAAUGUAGUGUUUGUUCGAAAAUAUUUACGCAACAAAAUCAUUUAACUACACAUAAGAAUAUGCAUGGUGGAGGUAGUGGUGCGAGUUCUGCUACAGUAGGUGCUACGACAGAUGAAUCAUCGUAUAAGUGUAAACUAUGUGAGAAAUCAACAUUUCUCACGAAUUUGUAAUAUUUUUUUUUUUUAGAUUCAAGUUCGCAUUAAUGUAAUAAAUUGUACUUUCAAUAAUAACAUGAUUUGUUCAAGUUUUCAAUAAAUUUUUUUAUUACAAA